AUGUCACCUGACCCCAUCAGUCCAGUGCAGUCACCAGCAAUUGUCGAGGGCAUCUUGAGGUUGUGGGAAAUGGAUUGCGCGGACCAAAUUGUGCACCUGAACGAGCGCCUUACACACCUGGAGGCGAUAACUGCUCCUAGCCUCCUAUCUCUUACGAGUGAUGGAAGAGGCAAAUUAGAGGGUUCUCUUUUGCGCUCAUUACAAGGAAUACAAGAAAAGUUAUUGCAAAUUGCUCAAGAACGUCGCGGUAUCGGCGAUUUCUUUCAAAAAUACGCUCGUCUUGAAGCCUCUUUGUCGAAUGAUAGAGUUGAGCUUGAGACAGGGACGUUGGACACGGUAGCGAAACGGGAUAUUCUCCUAGCCUCCGAAGACGACCUGACCAACUACACACAUCUGCUCAAGGAAUUAAGUUCCCUGAAGAACGAACUUGACUCACCUAUUUUGCAAGGACUGGAAACUUUGAUUCCUCGACUUAAUGAAACGGAAGCACGGUAUAUAAAGCAGAGACAUCAAGAGGAAGGGCUGCGAAGAAGACUCUGCAACAUGCUGACUACCUACAAUCGCUUUGUAAACACCCUUUCAGAGAUAUUCAUUUGGCACGAGGAGACAUUGUCAAAUUUAGAACAACAAGUGGUCCAGUACGAGGUGAUGCUAGGGAAUGAGCGAGCACAUUGAGGACGCCGCAAAGCUGUGUAUAACCGCUAAAUAAGGGAAUCGCGAUUAUUGGUACAAUUAGACCCAACAGUGAUCGCAAAAUGAUUUCUCUUUAAGAGGGGUACAGAAUAUUUCAUAUUUUGGCCAAUUUCUCCUUUUUUACCAGAGGGUUCUCCUUCACGAGGGCCGCCUUUCCUGCACCCUUGUAGUCAUAUGUGCAUGCGUGUCGAUCUGAAUAGCGAUGGAUUGAACAAAAUGUCUAAAAGGGAAUAGUUGAUACUAUACCGUUGAAAAGAGGGCUUAGUGAAAUAAUAACUACUCACCUGGCU